AUGAUUGCUUCGAGAAGUCAGGCAAGAGCUGUUUCCAAACGGCCACACACAAAAUCUCGUUUUGGAUGUUAUAAUUGCAAGUCACGCAAAAUUAAGUGUUCGGAGACGAAGCCCGAAUGCGAAAACUGCAUAUCAAAACACCUCGAAUGCGAGUACCCCACGCGUGGCGCACGGGGUGACGAUUAUAAUAAUGGGGCUACUGAAGCUAUUCGACUUCAACCAAAUCCAACAUCUUUCUCGGUCCAGGACAUGGGGUUCUUUCACCAUUAUCUGCUGGUAGCUCAUCCAUAUCUCCCAUUUGGCAGUGAUAGUGCCUGGGUAGCAUCUAUCCCACUCCUUGCCCACCAGUAUGAAUUUGUUAUGCAUGCUAUUCUUGGACUAGGUGCAUCACAUCUUUCUGUCAUUCGUCCACACAGAGAUCCGAUCACGGAUACAAAUGCGAUUGAACACCGGGGACUGGCAAUAAAUGGCCUUAAUCGGCUUAUGGCGAAGCCAGAUCUUAACAGUAAAGAGCUGGAUGCUAUGCUUGCGGCCUGCUACGCUCUCACUAUGCAAUCCGGAUACAUGUUCGAUGCCCUUGUUGAAUUCGUGGUAUUCAUCCGUGGUUGUUCUUUAAUCACAACGAAGAUAAAGCAAAAGAAUGCUAGCAAAAGUAUAUUUCCCCUUGACGAGACUGCCGAUCUUACUGAGUAUUUCCCCAAGGUCACCAACGCUUUAAGAAUCAACCCAAUUCUAUUACAAAGUGGGAUUGAAUCGGUGCAGUCACUAGUACCUCUGCUGGAAGAUGAAGUUCACACCUAUUUCUGGAAAUGUCUUCUAGAUACCCUUUUUGCCGCCCAAAAUUCUUCUGAAGAUACCUUCCAAGUAUACGAGAAAAACUACUCUGCAUGGUACAGCCUUAGUACAAGCCAGUUUUCAAAAUUCAUUUCGGCUGAAAAUACCCUGACUCUCAUCCUAUUUGCCCACCAUAUAGCCAUUGAGACAAUGAUGGUACCAAUGUUACUAUCCGUUAUUCCUGAGCGCGCAAGAAUGCCUGAAGUGACAUUAUACCAAGUUCAAUGGGUAGAUGUCAUUUAUAGGAAACUGCCACCUCACCUUAAGAAGUAUGUGAGGUGGCCUGUUGAGUCUAUUGCCCAUUGGGGGACGGAGUACAAAAUAUUUUCAAACGACGUGGGAAGCAAGUUACGAACAAACUUUUUGGGCUAUGUGCAAAAAUACAAUGAUGGGAGAAUAACACUACCGAUACAUACAACAAUACCCGACACGCCUCGCUAG